CCGCCUCCUCCAAAAUUAGCUGAAAAUUAUAAAGUACGAUGUUCAGUUCAUUGUAGAUGCAGUUAUAAUACAAGUACGAGGUUCAGUUCAGUGUACAAGCAGUUUCAAUGGAACCUCCGGUGGUUCCGGCCUUGCCCAAAUACAGCGACCUCUCUCCACACCAAUUCGCUUUUCUGGAGGAACGUUUUCGAACCCGCGAAGAUCUAAUCCUCCGAUCUCCUCAUCUAUUGGCGGCACUCACCAGACGCUGCGCUGAUCUGGACGACGAUCUCCGAGCCCUUGGAAGGAACAUCGCCAGACGAGCUGUUUCGUGGAUCUCUCGUUCAUUUGCAGCCAGAACCUCCCUUCAUAAUGUCACUCUCAAGCUUGAGAAUCUCAGCCUCCGCACUUUCCCUCAAGGGUUUCGUUCGAAGAUGUUGGGCGAAGAGCUGCCUCAACUUGCGAAGCAACUCAAGCAAAUAGAAGAUAUCCGCCAUUAUAUCGAGACUGUUCUACGGUUAGAGGCUCAGAUUGGGGAUCUCGAGGAUGCUGUUUUCUGUGCCACGAGUCGCCAUUCCGGGGCCAUGUUUGCUGCAAAGUUUUCAAACUCAUCAAUUGCUACUGACUCUGAACCAAAUCAAGAAAAGUUGCUUCAAGCCAUGAAAUUCAUGAACGAUAUUGAAGAAGUAUUGAUCAGCAUUGUAAAAUUCCAGCCUCAGUGGUGUAAUCUUUUGAAAUGUGUUGAUACAAGGGUAGAUAAAAUUUUGGGUGUUCUCAGGCCACAAGUUCUUGCCGAACACCGAGCCCUUCUUGUUUCUCUUGGAUGGCCACCAAAACUUUUAACAUCUACAAUUGAAAGCGCACAAAUAUCUGGCCUCCCUAAUCCUCUAGUUCUCAUGCAAGGUAACAAAAGAGAGUGUUAUUCUCAUAGCUUUGUAGCUCUUUGUGCUUUGCAGCAUCUGCAGAAGCGAAGGGAAGAACGUCAGCUAAAUAUUUUAGGAAGAAAAGAGUACAGUAUGCAGCUUUGGGCCAUUGAUGAACUGGUAUCUCCCAUUGCAUCACGGAUGGAAUACCACUUUUUGAAAUGGGCUGAUCAGCCUGAGUUUAUGUUUGCUCUUGUGUAUAAAAUUACGAGGGAUUUUAUUGCCGGAGUGGAUGAUGUGUUGCAGCCUUUGAUUGAUAAAGCGCGAUUGGUAAGUUGUAGCGCUAAAGAAGCUUGGGUUUCUGCAAUGAUCCAAAUUCUGUCCGGUUUUUUAGCAAAGAGGAUUUUCUCUCGUCUUGCUGAAAGAUACAAGGAAAAACAUUCGAAAUCUGAAGUUAUGACUUCAUGGCUUCAUCUGAUAGACCUUAUAGUUUCUUUUGAUAAGCGUAUGCAAUCGCUCGUAAAUUUGGAAACUUGUCUCUUCCUGGUAGGAUCUGAAAGCUUUGAAGGGCUUUCUAGAGGCAUAUCAGUAUUAAUGAUAUUUGUUGAUAAGCCUGACUGGCUCAAGCUUUGGGCAAAGAUAGAGCUCAAGGAUGCUUGUAAGAAACUAAAAGCAGAACUGAAAGAUGAGAGAGCUUGGAAAAUCGAUAACAAAACUGGACCUGCAUUGCACAUCAACACAGACAUUGAUCAAUAUCUUCUUUCUACUAGAGAAGAACAUAAAGCUCCAUUCAUUGCAGAAUUUACCCUUAAAAUUGCCUGGCAAUUGAUUGAAAGAUGCCAAACUAUGCCAGCCACAUUUCCACGUUUACAAUUUAUCAGAUCAGCUGUGGUCAAAUUCCUCUGGUACUUCUUCGAAGUUCUGCUUUUGCGGUUCAAGAGAACUGAAUUCUCUCCUGACAAUUCUGAUGAUGAUGCCUUGGUCAGAUUAUGCGGACUAAUUAAUGCUGCCAGAUUUGUUGAAUCUAAACUGCAAGAGUGGAGUGAUGAUGUAGACAUCCUGGAGAUGAGAAUUGCUGAAAAUGAUUCUAACCUCCAUAAUAAAGAGGAAAGUAUAGACUCCAGUUGCUUUUUUGGAGAAGAAAUUGCUAACUUGUCAGAGCUUGAAACCAAUUGGCUCAUGGAGAUAAUUUCUUUUAUUCUUCGUGAAUUUGAAAAUCUUUCAUGGGAAUAUGUCCAAAAUAAGGAACAUUUUGAGCAACAGCAAGAGCAAGCAACUUUGGCUCCUGCAACCAUGGAUCUAGUUGUGUCAAGUGAUUUCGUUGAAGCACUAGACAUUCUUAGAAGUCAGCUUCAUGUUUUGAAGACUAAUCUCAAUCCAAAAGACUUCUUGGAUUUGUGGAGAAGUGUGGCUGAAGGGCUUGAUCACUUCAUUUCUUGCACCACUCUCACAAAUGAGUUUCAAUUUUCUGAGAGUGGGGUCAGUCAGUUUGAAACUGAUAUGCAAGCAUUGUUUUUUAUUUUUCAGCCUUUUUGUGCUCGGCCUCAAGCAUUUUUUCCUUGUAUUAAAGAGACUCUUAAGCUGUUACAAAUGAACAAGGAAGGGAUAAAGCAUUUGCAAGUAGUUUUAUUCACAGGUAAAAAUGGAAUAAAAUGCUUGCAUUCUUGUGGAAUUUCCCACCUACCUUUUGAUCAAGUUGAUACAUUUUUGAGGAACAGGAAGUUUGAAACUUGAUAUUUACAAUGUUAGGAUACUGAUAAUGCAGUUUUUUUUUUUU